AGGUUAAUUCUUUUUCCUUGCAUUAGGUAGGUUAUCAAAUAAAAUUUUUCUAAAGAUUGAAAUGUUUUCUAAUAUUUAAUAGUUUUCACAGUGUACCUAAAUUACUGUAUGUAGUAAAAAAUUAAUGCGAGUAAAAAUGUUCAAGAAAUUCAACCUGAAAAUCCUUCCAAUUAAUACAAAUGAAUCUAGAAAUCCCGUUAAAGAAAAUAUGGAAAAUGUUUCCAGUCUCUCCAAGGGGUUAGAUGUCACUGAAAAUGGCAUCAGGAGUUAUGAUGGCUUGGAUGAAACACAAUCAUCAGUUGUUCCAAAUUCUCAAUUGGAAAAUUGUAGUGUUGUUCCAAAAAUGACUGUAAACAAGAAAAAGUUUCAGAGUCGUGUUUUGAGAAACAUGAGGGAAAAGUUAAGAAAUGCUUUUUCAGUGGAACAUAGAAGAAAUGAAAGUAAGCCUGGAAAAAAUGUUAUCUCUGAAGAAAAAGAAUCAAAAUUAGUUGUUGCUCACAAUCCCAGCUUAGAGAACAGUCUUGAAAUUGUGAGUGAGAACUUAAGUGUAAGAAAUGAUAGAUAUAUAAUAAAUGAUGCUGCACAUGAGAGUGCUUGUGAAUACAGUUCAUCUAUUCAGCCCUGGCUACCUCUUCCUGAAGUAGUGUUAUCAAGCCACAUGAGCUUAGACCAUCUUUCCAUUCAACACACGAGUACAGUUUCUGCCAGUAAUGUCAUAAAGAAUGGGAGUGAAUAUACUACACAAUGUUCUCAUUCCAGCAACAAUGAUGUAAACUUUCCUGCAUCUGAUCAGACUGUGGCUUUAAAUUCCCCUGCAUCUUCUCCUCUUGGAAUAUGUGCAUCGCAUCAUUGGCCUGUGUCAUUUCAGUUCACAGAUGCUGGGCUUCUUGAAGCUGAUGGAAUUCAUAAUGUAAAACGCAUCCUUACUGUUCAUAAAGAAACUUAUCCAGUUUAUCCAUUUCAUGAAUCUUUGUCAAAACACCAAGGAAAUGUUUCAAAGUUUCUACCAUCAACUAACAAUGGCAGUCAACAAAUUAUUGAAGACAUCAGCAGGAAUGAAGGAAGUUGUAUUGAGACUUAUGAAGCAGGUGAUGCACCUGUGCUUCCUUACAAAAAAGCUACUUUAGACACCCAUGAGCGUGUCAGGAGGGACCCCAUUGGUGCUCAUUCAAGCUCACAAGCUUCACCAGAAGAACAAGCAGCAACCAAGAGCUGGUCUCAAGAAUUUAGUGAUAUUUCAAAACACAACUGGUACUGGGGACCUAUUAAAAGACAUGAAGCAGAAGAGCAGCUUUCCAAGUGCAGUGAUGGAGUGUUCUUGGUACGGGACUCCUCCGAUGACAGAUACCUGCUGAGUCUCAGCUUCCGCUCGUCUGGAAAGACUUUUCACACCCGAAUAGAGCACAGCAAUGGUUUGUUCAGCUUCAACCCAGUCCCUGAACAUCGUGGGUACCCGACCCUGGCCGAGCUCAUCGAUUCUUGCGUGGCAUCGUCCAAUGCUGGCGUCUUCUGCUACUCAAAGGCCCGCAACAGCAACAACCCCGGCUUCCCAGUGCGUCUAUGCACGCCGCUCUCCCGCGCCACACAGGUGCAGCCGCUGCAGUCUCUGUGUAGCUUCGUGAUCCUGCAGCACACGAGGCUUGAUUUGGUGCCACUACUGCCCCUGCCUCCUUCCCUCACGAGACUCCUGGCACAAAAACAUCGCUGACCUGCGCUUGCAUACGUCGCUGUUCUGUGCUGCAGACAUUGUUGUUCCUUGCUGCUAACAUAGCUGUUCUUUGCUGCACAGAAAAGGCUCAUUCAAUCAUACCUUAAUCAAUUGUCUCUGAAUUCUCUUAGCGUUGUCAAUGUUAUUUGCAUCAAAUAGCUUGGGAACGAGAAGUCCUGUCAGUACACAAAGGGUUUAAACCUAAGUGUGUGAUUACCAUUUAGGUGUGUGAUUACCACAAGCAUUACACUUGGAAACUUUUAUCGUUUUCAUGCGCAAGUUUUGGUGCCAUUUUAAGGUACAGCAAUUAUUGAAUACAUAUUUUUAAAUUUUGUUUCUGUUGUUCAUAUUUAGUGUUUAUCUCGAAGUCAUUUAGGUUGAUUACUCAGUGUCCAAAAACACUUUGUUCAUGAGCUUGAUUUUAGAUAUAAUACUUAAUAUUACCAAGCACUGCUGUAGUUAUAGUGUUUCAAUUUAAGUUUGUGUUUAUAUUUAGAUUUGUUAAAAACUCUUGGAAAGUUAGCAUGGUUUCAGUUAGUCGAGGGACCGCUAUAGAACUGGCCACACAGGUUGAAGGUCCGAUUGUGUGCUCCCCUACUACGAUAAUUCGCUCUCCUACCGCUUCUAAGUUCUUGCUACCAUCACUGUAAAUUUAUGAGAUUGUUACUGAAAUCGCUGUAGAUUUAUGAGAUUUGCAUUCGUUAUUAUAUCGAUCACAAAAUAUCAAAUGAACGCCUGUAAAAUAUUGAGAGGUUUCAACUUUUUUUCUUCAAUUUUAGGCCAAAAUUAUUUUGUAUCCUUUAUUUUAGCGAAAAAUACGCUUAAUUGAGACAGAGCAAGACGAGUGAAUGUGAAUAAAUCCUUCUAUCGUCAUCAAAACUUGCUGAGUAUUUGUUUAAUAAUGCUGAACAAUUAUUCUAAGGGCGUUAGAGAAUUAUAAAUCAAAACUAAUGGAAUGAGUCAAAGUGUUAAUUGUGAUGAUCCCGCUUCAGCGGCUUCACUUGUCCCGCUUCGGGCAUAUAUCCCAAGUGUCUGACAAAAAAAACUUAUAGAAGAAUUAAUAGUAAAUGUACGAGGUCCUUUCGGAUUUUUCAAACGUUUAUUUUUUGACAUUUCCAGCCCUAGGCAGUGGAGGGAUUCGACACUUAAAUUCAUCUAAAAUCAAGUUUCAUUUUUCACUACCAGUGAGUGAGCCAUAAAAUGGCCUACACCAACAAGGAACUUCCUAAUAAUAGGUAUAUUCUAGGGACGUAUCGCGGGGACCCAGGAGUAUCGCGCACGUUUUACUUCACUCCUAACUACCAUCACUGUUGAUCGGGGUGAACUCGGUCGUACAGAUAAGCCCGUCAAGAUUACUUGUAUAACAUUAUGUAUUCUUACUGUGCAGCCAGUGUUAUUCAAUGUGCUAUUGCUACGUGCCAAUAUUAAAUUUAAGAUUUAAUAUUACUCAUUCACAUCUGAGCUUAGAUAAUUUUUACGAAAUUAUGCAGAAACCAACGUUUAAUAUUCUGCCUUACUGAAUAAUGCAGAAUACAUAUUUAGGGAAUAUGUAUUUCUACUAUUUAAAUACUAAUAAACUUUGAUGAUUGUUAA